UGUUUCAGCUGAACUGUCUGUUCAUCUUCAAGUCAUCAUGAGCCCUAAGAAGCGCAGGUCACAGAAGGUCGCAUUUGAUGAAAAGAGUAAUAUGAAAAUUGAUCACUAUUUUUCUCAGGUAAAUAAAAAAGAACAGAAUAAUUCCAGUAUGUCUCAAACAAAGACAGGCUCUAGAAAAGGUCCAAAAGAUAUAACUAACACCCAGGCUCAAGAACCCAAAGACCAGACUACACCCCUAAAUAAGACAAUUAAAGUUACCUUGGGUGUAAAUCACAAGAAAAACCAAAAAAGGAAACUCGUGCUCAUACAUAAUGAGAAGGAUAGCUUAUACUCGGCACUCAACACUCUUAAGGCUGUCAAAGAAGAGAUAGAAACUCAUCAAGGCAAAGAAGUGCUGGUGCAUGGCAUAGAAGGAAUUGAAGGAUAUAUAAACCUUGGAAUGCCUCUCAGUUGUUUUCCUGAAAACUGUCACGUGGUAAUUACAUUUGCCCAAAGUAAAAGUAAGGAGGAAGAAGGGAACCAGGUAUUUGGACGCCAUGACGAGGCAUCUGCUGACUGUGUCAAAUUUUAUAUUCAUGCAAUUGGGAAGAGGAAAAAAACAAUUGUCAAACGCAGGGAACUUCACAAAGAAGGGUACAAACUCUGUGUCUAUGCUUUCAAAGGAGAAACCAUUAAGGAUGCUCUAUGCAAGGAUGGCAGAUUUCUUUCCUUUCUGGAGAAUGAUGAUUGGAAACUCAUUAAAAACCUGGACUCUGUUUUAGAAAACACACAGCCUGUUGAUGAUCUAGAGGGCCAGCUCUUUCAGGUCGAGGUUGAGAAGGGAAUGGGCUCCAGGGCAGCAGCUGCUCAGAGGCCUGAGUCAGAGAAAAGAAACACUCGUCUGUUGAAUGAAGAAAUUGUGGACCAGUACCCCAGUUUGAGAAGAGAAAGUGAAAAAAUCAGAGAAAACUUUGAGAAAGAAAUAAAAAAAAGAAAGAACAAAAAGAAAACUUCAUUAUUUAAAUGGCAUGAAACAAACUUUGGAAAACUGACAAAAAACUCCACUCUGGUUAAAGUACACAAAUUUCUUUCUCGGCUCAGUGACUCAGUUGGGUACGUAUCCUGGGACAACAAUGGAAAUGCAGGUUCUGCCACGUGCUUUGUUUUUCAAGGGUUGUUCAUUUUCACUUGUCGGCAUGUAAUAAAUGACAUUGUGGGAAAGGGGAUAGAUGAAAGUAAGUGGGCAGACAUAAUUGGUCAAUGUGUGAGAGUGACAUUUGCUUAUGAAGACCUGCAAGAAAAAGAAGGUAUUUGCUUUUUCGUUGAACCCUGGUUUAAGAUAUCUGAUGUAACUCUUGAUUAUGCUAUUCUGAAACUGAAGGAAAAUGGACAACAGGUACCUUUGGGACUAUACAAUGGAAUUGCUCCUGUACCACUUAGUGGGUUGGUAUAUAUUAUUGGCCAUCCAAAUGGAGAUGCAAAGUCUACUGAUGCCUGUGCUGUGAUCUCUCAGGGUCAGCGAGAAGAAAAAUGUCGAGAACAUUUUCAGGCUAGAGAAGCAGAGGGUUGCGAUUAUAUUAUGCAGUAUAUCCAUAUGUUCACUCAAAGAAGUUUCCAGGAAGUACUUCACAACCCUGAUGUGAUUACCUAUAACACCACUUUUUUCUUUGGGGCUUCUGGCUCCCCAGUGUUUGAUUCAAAAGGUUCGCUGGUGGCCAUGCAUACUGCUGGCUUUGCUUAUGCAUAUCAAAGCAAGUUUUCCAGUGUGAUUGAGUUUGCCUCUACUCUGGAAUCCAUCCUCCUUGAUAUUAAGCGAAAUCAUGGAGCAUGGUAUGAAAAAGUAUGUAUAAAUCAGCAAGAUGUAGAAAUGGUGAGUGAUGAGGAUUGAGGACAGUGGGAAUUCAGUCUGUUUACUAGCUUUAAGAGAAUUACCUAUGGCAUUGUUAUUCCAUAGGCAAUGAUGACAGUUUUCUAAAUUCCAAAUGGUCAGUUUCCUCAAAAA